GGAGGGGGCGGGCUCCUGCGCUCCGCGGCGAGUAAGCCAGUGCCGCCCUCCGGAUCCCGGCUUCGGUCCGACGCUCAAGGGCCCCCGCUGGCUCCGCCUGCAGGCGCCACGCUCCUGAGGAGCAGGCCUGGCUCCCGAGUGCCCGGAAAUGGAACUGUUGACAUUCAGGGAUGUGGCCAUUGAUUUCUCUGAAGAGGAGUGGGAAAGCCUGGAGCCUGCUCAGCAGAAUUUAUAUAGAGACGUGAUGUUAGAGAACUACAGGAACCUGGUCUUCCUGGCCACAACUUCUCAUCAUACUCAUGAAUCUCCACCAGAGCAGGGAAUAAAAUAUUUAUUUCAAAAAAUGAUGAAGGGAAGAUACCAUGGCAGUGAUAAGCCCUACAAAUUUGAAGAAUGUGGCAGAAUUUUUAAACAACAAUCACCCCCUGUUAAGCAUCAGAGGAUUCGUGCUGCAGUGAAGCUCUGCAAGUGUAAAGAAUGUGGCAAAGCCAUUAACAAUUGCUCAACCCUUUCUAAACAUCUCAGGUGGCAUAGCAGUGCCAAAAAAAAAAGCUCACGUGAUACUCAACACCAGAUACUUUGUACUGGAGACAGAUCCUACAAAUGUAAGGAAUGUGCCAAAGCCUUAAAGAAUUUUUCAGUCCUUACUCAACACCAAAGUACUCAUGCUGGAAAGAAGAAGUACAACUGUGAAGAAUGUGGCAAAGAUUUUCAUAUAAGAUCAUUGCUUACUGGACACCAGAGAAUUCAUACAGGAGAGAGGCCCUACAAAUGUGAAGCAUGUGGCAAAGCUUUUAGUCAAAGAGCAAGCUGUACUGUACACCAGAGAAUUCAUACUGGAGAACGGCCCUACAAAUGUGAAGAAUGUGGCAAAAGUUUUUAUCAAAGCUCAAAGCUUACUCUGCAUGAGAGAAUUCAUACUGGAGAGCGGCCCUACACAUGUGAAGAGUGUGGCAAAGGUUUUAAACAAAGAUCAUCUUUUAAGGAACACCAGAAAAUUCAUACUGGAGAUCGACCCUACAACUGUGAAGAAUGUGGCAAAGCUUUCAAACAAAGAUCAUAUCUUAAGGAACACAAGAAAAUUCAUACUGGAGAUCGACCCUACAACUGUGAAGAAUGUGGCAAAGCUUUUAAACAAAGAUCAUAUCUUAAGGAACACCAGAAAAUUCAUAGUGGAGAGUGGCCCUACAACUGUGAAGAAUGUGGCAAAGGUUUUAGUUACAGAUCAAACCUUACUCUACACCAGAGAAUUCAUACUGGAGAGCGGCCCUACACGUGUGAAGAAUGUGGCAAAGCUUUUAGCCAAAGAGGAAGCCUUACUCAACACCUCAAAAUUCAUUCUGGAGAGAAGCCCCACACAUGUGAGGAAUGUGGCAAAGGUUUUAAACAAAGAUCAUAUCUUAAGGAACACCAGAAAAUUCAUACUGGAGAGAAGCCCUACAACUGUGAAGAAUGUGGCAAAGGUUUUCAACAAAGAUCAUAUCUUAAGGAACACCAGAAAAUUCAUACUGGAGAAAAGCCCUACAACUGUGAAGAAUGUGGAAAAGGUUUUAGUUACAGAUCAAACCUUAGGAUACACCAGAGAUUUCAUACUGGAGAGAAACCCUACACAUGUGAAGGAUGUGGCAAAGGUUUUAAGCAAAGAGCACAUCUUAAAGAACACCAGAAAAUUCAUAUUAGAGAGAAGUCCUACAAAUGUAAAUAAUAUAACAAAACUUAAUGAAAUGCAAAGACUUACUUCACAUCACAGUGUUCAUACUGGAGAGAAGCCCUACAAAUGUGGAGGAUGUGGCAAACCUUUAAUCAAAGAUCAUACCUUAUAUACUAGCAAGGAAUUCACACUGGAAACAGUCCCUACACAUGUGGAGAAUGUGGUAAAGGCUUUUAUUACAGAUCAAACCUUACUAUAUACCAGAGAAUUCAUACUGGAGAGAAGCCCUUCAAAUGUGGAGAAUGUGGCAAAGGUCUUAACCAAAGAUCAUAUCUUAUCGACCACCAAAGAAUUCAUACUAGAGAGAAGUCAUACCAUUGUAAAGAAUGUGGCAAAGGUUUUGAUUGAAGAUCAUACUGGAGAGGACAUUUGCAAAUGAUUCAUUGUGCCAGUGACACUAAGGAUGGUUCAACUCACAUUCCAUGCCAGAGGAAUCAUAGCAAAUAGAAAUAGAAAUGUAAAAAAAGUGACAAAGUCCCCAACAGUUGUUCAUUCACACCUUGUUCCACCCCUGAAAAUUCAUACUUUGAGAGUACAAGUGGAAAAAUUGUCACAAAGCUUUUAACCAUUGUUCAAACAUUACUAAGAACUGAAGAAUUCAUAAUGCAUAGAAACCUUAAAUAUGUAAGUAAUGUGUCCAAGCCUUUAAUCAAAUUCCAAACAUUCUUCAAAAUAUGAAACUUCAUACAUGUAGUGAAUGUGGAAUAACAUUUGUCCAAAAUAUAUACCUUUGAUAACAGAAAAAUAAAGUAAAAAUUCUUUUCAAACAUAAAAGUAUACUAAAGUCUUUAUGUAUACCACAUAUCUUGAUGUGUAUGAGGAUUAUUGAGAGGAAUCACUUUAAUAAAGAAAAUGGGUAAUUGACUUUUAAGUUUUGCUUAAAAUUUAUUAAACAUCAUUGACUGAUGUGGUAGAAAUAAUGAAAUCCUCAUAGAAAUUGUAUAGUGCAGACAGAUGAUCACUGAAAGGAUAUUAGCUUAUUUAAAUCAAACAUUACCAAAUAACCCUCACCUGAAAUCUGGAGAAAACAUGAUUAUCAUAGUUGUUUAUAUCAGAAAUCUAAUUUGGGGGGGAUUUCCAGAUGGUGGAAUAGAGGACAUCACUUUUCUGGCUGCUUUGUGGCUUGAAACCAGGAAAGGCAGCUUCUCUGCAAAAUGUGUGAAAAAUAGGGACAUUACUGGGAGUUAAUACUGGACAUUCAAAACAGGGGGGGUACUCAGGAGGUUGGAUUCAAUAAAAUAAAGAUGAAAUCCCCAGCACCAACUGAAAUGGACCCUCUGCAAGAAGAUCAAGAGGGAUAGGG